GAGGUGAGGGAUUGUGGGAAAUGGUCACAUGACCUCUUAUCUCUAGGGAUAAUACAGGACAUGACCGGAGAGGUGAGGGGUCUGUAUAUAGGGAUAUUUAUCGGGGUCUCUCCAUACUCAGGAUUACACAGUAGUGAAGAAGACAUCUGGAGAGUGUGUGGCCCCCAGCAGGUCAGGAGGAUGGAGCAGGGCCCGGGGCCCCAUCACGGAGCCUCCACCUCCCUCACUGAUACCUGAGAGGAACAAUGAGCAGAAGAUCCUAGAACUCACCCACAAGAUGAUGGAGCUGCUGACUGGAGAGGUUCCUAUAAGGUGUCAGGAUGUCACUGUCUAUUUCUCCAUGGAGGAGUGGGAGUAUAUAGAAGGACACAAGGAUCUGUACCAGGACAUAGUCAUGAUGGAGGACCACCGGCCCCGAACAUCACCACCGGAUGGAUCCAGGAAGAGGAACCCACCAGAGAGAUGUCCUGCUCCUCUGCAUUCCCAGGACUGUCCGGGGGGAGAGGACAAUGUCCUACAGGAUGAUCAGGGCAAAGAUCCCAAUGAAAUUAAAGCUGAGGAUGUAAAAGAGGCGAAUGUGAGCGAUCACUGUCCCUUUAAGGAGGAGGAGAUUCCUACAGAGAUCUGUCCAGCUGAAGACUUCCGGAACGCCUCGGAGACUCAUUAUCUGGACAUCUCUGCCUAUUCUGCGGUAGACUAUCCCACUAUACACAAUCUGUAUCCAGGACUUCACUUUGCUGAUCUGUCGUGGGACUUCUCCGCCGAGCGCCCCGACCAUAUUCUUCCUCAAUCCUCACAGUCUGCAGAGUCUUUUACUCAGGAUCCAAAUCCACUCGGUCACAAAACGACUAACAACACGGAGAAGCGGUUUCCUUGUCCUGAAUGUGGACAUUGUUUUUCAAACACAAAUCUUAUUGUGCAUCUAAAAGUUCAUAAAGAAAGUCUCGAAGGACAGAAAAAUACGUCUCUUAAAAGACUCUUCUCGUGUUCGCAAUGUGGAAAGUGUUUUACCAGGAAAUCUGUUCUCAAUGAGCAUCUAAGAACUCACACAGGAGAGAAGCCACAUUCCUGUUCACAAUGCGGGAAAUGUUUUACCAAGAAGUCCAGUCUUCUUAAGCACGAGAUAAUACACACCGGGGAGAAGCUGUUCUCCUGUUCAGAAUGUGGAAAAUGUUUUAUGUUCAAAGAUCACCUUGAGCGUCAUCAGAGAAUUCACACCGGGGAGAGGCCAUAUCCAUGUUCAGAAUGUGGGAAACGUUUUAUCCAGAAAUCAGGUCUUAUUAAACAUCAGAAAGUUCACACAGGGGAGAAACCAUACUCUUGUUCAGAAUGUGGGAAAUGUUUUGCUGAGAAAUCAGGUCUUGUUAGACAUCAGAGAACUCAUACAGGAGAGAAACCAUAUUCAUGUUCAGAAUGCGGGAAAUGUUUUGCUCAGAAGUCGGAACUUGUUGAACAUCACAGAAAUCACACAGGGGAGAAGCCAUUUUUAUGUCUGGAAUGUGGUCAGUGUUUUAGCAGGAAAUCAGUUCUUGCAAAUCAUCAGAGAACUCACACGGGACCAAUCACAAUGGAGAAGUCCUCGCGGCUCCAGGAUAGUCUCCUCGAUCUGAUGGGCUCCAUGGACCCUGCAGACAGCACGUAAAGCAGUGGGGUUAUGGGCGAUCUUUGACCCCAUGGGGGUGACUCUGUAUAAUAUACUGGGUGAAGGUU